CAUCAGGGCGCCGAUGUCAACGGGGAAACGUCAUGGGGCGACACACCGCUUCGGUGUGCUGCGCGAGAAGGACUAGAAGAAACAUGCAGGUUGCUAAUCGACAGAGGUGCUGACAUGCAUGCCCAUGACGGAAGUGGAACGACAGCACUGCACCUAGCCAUUCAGCAGAGGCACAAACAUAUCGUACAGAUCCUCCUAGACCAGGGUAUCGAUGUCAAUUUGAGAAAUCGAAGGGGCGAGACUCCGCUCCAUCUUGCUGCGCAAGCCGAUCUAGAAGAAAUUUGCAGGUUGCGACUCCGGGCAGAAAUUGACGGUCCUGUCGUAUGGUUUGAAACCACUCAGAAGAGACACAAAGAUAUCGUGCAAAUCCUCGAAGAUCAGGGUGCCGAUGUCAAAGUGAAAAUUGGAAUGGGCGAGAUACCGCUUGAUUUUGCUGUGGAAGUAGGAGUAAAAGAAAUUUGCAGGUUGCUAAUCGAGAGAGGAGCUGACGUUCAUGCCAAAGACGAAAUCGGAGUAACGGCGUUGCAUCUAGCCAUUGGGGAGACACACAAAGAUAUAGUACAAAUCCUCAUAGAUCAGGGUGCCGAUGUCAACGUGAAAACUAAAGAGGGCGCGACAGCGCUCCAUUGUGCUGCGCAAGUAGGAUUAGUACAAAUUCGCAGGUUGCUCAUUGAGAGAGGAGCUGACGUGGAUGUCGAAGAC